GGAUUUGCAUCUGAGUUCAUUGCCACUGUAACCUGUCAAAGAAGAGCUAAGGGAGCUUUCAGGGUUCGCUUCUUGGAGGCUGCUUUCUCCUUUACUUGGAAGGCUUCGCUAGUGAUGGACCCAUACGUGAUUCAGAUGAGCAGCAAAGGCAACCUCCCCUCAAUUCUGGAUGUACAUGUCAACGUUGGUGGGAGAAGCUCUGUGCCGGGAAAAAUGAAAGGCAGGAAUACCAGGUGGUCCGUGAGGCCCUCAGACAUGGCCAACAAAACUUUCAACCCCAUCCGAGCCAUUGUGGACAACAUGAAGGUGAAACCAAAUCCAAACAAAACCAUGAUUUCUCUGUCCAUUGGGGACCCUACUGUGUUUGGAAACCUGCCUACAGACCCUGAAGUUACCCAGGCAAUGAAAGAUGCCCUGGACUCGGGCAAAUAUAAUGGCUAUGCCCCAUCCAUCGGCUUCCUAUCUAGUCGGGAGGAGAUUGCUUCUUAUUACCACUGUCCCGAGGCACCCCUAGAAGCUAAGGAUGUCAUUCUGACAAGUGGCUGCAGUCAAGCUAUUGAAAUGUGUCUAGCUGUGUUGGCCAACCCAGGGCAAAACAUCCUGGUUCCAAGACCUGGUUUCUCUCUCUACAGGACUCUGGCUGAAUCUAUGGGAAUUGAGGUCAAACUCUACAAUUUGUUGCCAGAGAAGUCUUGGGAAAUUGACCUGAAACAACUGGAAUCUCUGAUUGAUGAAAAGACAGCUUGUCUCAUUGUCAAUAAUCCAUCAAACCCCUGUGGGUCAGUGUUCAGCAAACGUCAUCUUCAGAAGAUUCUGGCAGUGGCUGCACGGCAGUGUGUCCCCAUUUUAGCUGAUGAGAUCUAUGGAGACAUGGUGUUUUCGGAUUGCAAAUAUGAACCACUGGCCACCCUCAGCACCGAUGUCCCCGUCCUGUCCUGUGGAGGGCUGGCCAAGCGCUGGCUGGUUCCCGGUUGGAGGAUGGGCUGGAUCCUCAUUCAUGACCGAAGAGACAUUUUUGGCAAUGAGAUCCGAGAUGGGCUGGCAAAGCUGAGUCAGCGCAUCUUGGGACCCUGUACCAUUGUCCAGGGAGCUCUGAAAAGCAUCCUCCGUCGCACCCCGGAAGAGUUUUACCACAACACUCUGAGCUUCCUCAAGUCCAGUGCUGAUCUCUGUUAUGGGGCAUUGGCUGCCAUCCCUGGACUCCGGCCAGUCCGCCCUUCUGGGGCCAUGUACCUCAUGGUUGGAAUUGAGAUGGAACAUUUCCCAGAAUUUGAGAACGAUGUGGAGUUCACGGAGCGGUUAGUUGCUGAGCAGUCUGUCCACUGCCUCCCAGCAACGUGCUUCGAGUACCCGAAUUUCAUCCGAGUGGUCAUCACAGUCCCCAAGGUGAUGAUGCUGGAGGCGUGCAGCCGGAUCCAGGAGUUCUGUGAGCAGCACUACCACUGUGCUGAAGGCAGCCAGGAGGAGUGUGAUAAAUAGGCCUGCAUCCAUUCUCCUGAGGAUGUGUCCCAUCUGGGGAGGGCUGGACUAGGCCUUGCGGCUCCUCAGGGACUCAGGUGGCCCUACUGGAGAGGGGCCUCAGAUGCACCAUGUCAAGAGUUUAAGAUUGUUCCUGCUUUUCCCCAAGUACGAUCACACCCAGAUUCUCCCUUGCUCUGCGCUGCUGGAGUGACCCACUAAUUCAUUAAUCUGCUUCCCUGUCGUAAGAUUUCCUCCUUUUUUUCUUGAAAGUACCAGGUGAACAAAGUUUACCAGAAAGCAGUUGAGACAAGAAAAUAAGAGCUCAGGAUGAGGGAAAAGAAAAAUAUUGAGAGAACUUAUGCCCCCAACCAUUUCCUCAGACUCUAAGAAAGAACACACUCUCUCCAGGCAGGUCUGAAGGUCAACGCUCUUAUUGCCUCACUUCAGGUAUACCUCACUUUAUGCAAUAGAAUUACAACUGGAAAGAAGUUGGGGACACAUGUAUUUGGUUAAUUACAUUUUAAACACAUUAGGAAACGUUGCUAUUUUAACUUUUUAUUGAUUUUUGGGGGGAGUAAAGAAUUUUGAUGCAAAUGAAUAUCCUUUAAUUGAUUGACUUCCUAAAUUUAGAUUUGUGUGCAUCAGGCUUUCUUUUUUUUCUUUUUUUGGAGACAGAGUCUUGCUCUGUCACCUAGGCUGGAGUGCAGUGGUGCGAUCUCUGCUCACUGCAAGCUCCGCCUCCCGGGUUCAAGCGAUUCUCCUGCCUCAACCUCCUGAGUUGCUGGGACUACAGGUGUGUGCCACCAUGCCCAGCUAAUUUUUGUAUUUUUAGUAGAGACAAGGUUUUACCAUGUUAGCCAGGCUGGUCUCAAACUCCUGACCUCAGGCAACUGCCCGCCUGGGUCUCCCAAAGUGCUAGGAUUACAGGCAUGAGCCACCACCCCUAGCGGCAUCAGGCUUUCUUAAAGUGACAGCACGUCUGUACUAGAGCAAGCAGGAAUCAGAGACCUUCCAGAAAUACUACUGUGUAAGGGCGAGAAAUAUCUUCACUUGUCAUUGUUAUAUGAUUAUUACUUUUGCUGUAAUGUUAAUAUUGAUUUAUUAAUAUAUAUUAUAUUAUCUUUUCAUACAUUUUCUAAGAAACAUUUAUAUUGAGGAGAUCUUUUAUUUUGCCGAGGGCAUAAAUUAUUGUUUUGUUUUUUUUUUUAAAUAAACUUUACUAAGUAUGA